AUGCCAGCCUUGGUCUCUCGGCAAUGGAUUGAUGAUGAGUACGUUAUCCCAAUUGUGGCUUUGCAGUUCCUUGACUCGUUGCUUUAUAACCUGGACGUGCACCCCAGCUUUCUGCGAACGGCUGCUGCAGACGUCAUCCGUCACACAAGACAUCUUCACCUAUUUCUGCCUGUAUCCUCUCAUCAUGCUCUCUACAUCACCAACAACCGCUCGACUGUUGCUGUUCGCAGCCUUGUCAACACAAAUCACUAACGCUAUGGCUCAAUCAAGAUGCUACUAUGAUCGCUACAAUGUGCGUCGGUGUUAUCCCCAGUCCGCAUGGAAUUCUUGGGUCCGAUGGGUUGUUCUCGCAGUCGUCGUAGGUGGCUUCCUGCUGCUCUUCUUCCUCUGCAGCUGCAUUACCGCUCGUCGCAGGCGUAAGGCCGGCCGUACGCCUUUCUAUGGCACUGGCUGGGCCGCUCGACCAGGAAACAGCAACGCGCAACCCUACUACAACAACCAAACCCAGGCACCCGCUCCCCCAUACUCUGCUGCAACGAAUAACAACAACGGCUACUACGGUGGUGGCGCCAACCAGAGCUACUACGGACAGCAGAACGGCGUCGAGCUUCAGAGUCCGCAGCCCACGUACGGUGGCAACCAGCAAUAUGCUCCGCCUCCAGGCCCGCCACCGGGCAAGGAUGGCAUGAUUCGAUAA